UAUGUAUGUGUAAAUAAAUCGCGUGUGUCACACUCAAACCUUAUCAGUUAACAGGAAGUUAAUUUGAGUUUUUUAUAAGACAGUGACAUUAUGACCACUUAAGAACCACUUCAGUGAUAUAGAGAAUGGUGAGUCGCUAUAUCCGUAUUAUUUAACAGGAAGUUAGAUUGAUUUUUAUAUGACAGGAACCUAACGACGGACAUGGACUGACAAUGUGUUCCUAUUUACAAUUAUCAUUUCGCUAUCACUGAUCUGAUACAAAUGACGUCAUGCAUCCUGCAAUAUGGCGUUGCUGUCUGGAAGUAAUGAUGAGUUGGAGAAUAAGAUGCCGUUUGUAGGGAGAAGACGAGAGGUCGAGGAAAUCAAAGCUUGGCUCCGAGUAGGUCAUCAUCGACUUAUACAGAUUUAUGGACCACCCUUCACGGGCAAGCAAAGUCUGGCCAAACAGAUACAGAAUGACAUUGAAACAGAAUGUAUAGACCGGAAAAUAUCAUUGAAAUGCAUAGAAUCAACGGGAGAGUUUUCAAGGGAUUGGAGUGAAUGGCUGGAUGAGUUGGUCAAUGCAUCUGGAACUCCAGUCAGUAAUGGUGACAGCGAAUACAGUAUCAUAAAACAUAUCAGACAGAUAGCGAAUGACAAGAAACUAUCCCGACUCUUGUUUGUCUUUACAAAGAUUGACAAUAUUAUAUGUAAACCCGCACUGCAGGACAGAUUCGUUAGAUUUUGCCAAAGUCUCAUCCGGCUUUCGGCAAACAUCUUUAUGUUAGUUACAAGCCAAAAGAGAAUAGUAUUUCCAUCUUCUCUAUCAGUGCGUGCAACUUUCUUAACAGCUAUGACAGAAUCAGAGGGAAUCACUCUACUUCAAAACACAGCGCGAAAAAGUGCUCGUGAUGUGAUAAAACACGCCCCGGACAUUGUCCGCGGUUGUUGCUAUCUUCCUGGAUUAAUUACGGAAGCCGUAGUGUUAUUAGAUCAUCCUCAUCACGUGGUUGGUAUGGAUGAUCUUGUUACCAUAGUUCAAACCCCGGGGUCACUGAUGAGAAUGAUUUCAUUUCAAAAGCAAAAGCUACAACAUUUCUUCGACCGAAUGUCUGAAAACGAGAAGAAUGGAGCUAUGUUGCUUACACUUUUCAAGGGAUCCUUUUCUAAAUCAGCUGCAAAUGAGAUUCUUUUGUCCUCUAGAAAGGCACACGAUAGUGCUAGUGUGUCUUUAGUAGAGUUAUGUGAUCAGUCUGUGGUGUCCAGAUGCACGGAUUCUGACAGAUAUGAAGUUCUUCCCUUUCUCAACGAGUUCCUCAUAGAACAAAUUCAUAAUGUUUCCGAGUUAAAUCCAGCCCGUUUACAGUUUACGAAAUUCUUCUGUAGAAUAUUACAGAGUGUUGAACAGAAGAUCUACGUGCACGGACGUGAUAAGGUGAUGGGUCAUCUCCAUGGAGACUUCGAUAAUGUCCGCCAGUUGAUGCAACAGACCAUGCAUUGUACGCAGGAAAUAUUCCCACUUUUGAUGCAGACUGUCGUGUCAGCCGAGGAGUUAUUUACAGCAUGUUUCCCUAAUCGAGAGGUGAAGCUAUUCUACGACAGCCUGAUGGAUGCGGCCUCGACAUUUGGAACCGAGAGGGAUAGGGCUCUUAUAUUCUGGCUCAUGGCACAGAAUAAGAAUCCUUAUAUGAAAGAAAGCCUGGAUAACUCUUCAUCAGAUACAACAAAAAGCCUGGAUGUUUUAGAACUAUGUGAGGCUGCUCACAGCGUACUGCAAAUCGAAGGUCCAUCAUAUCACUUAGCAGCAAUAAAGGGCUUGAUGGGACAGACGUACAACAGAAGGGGCAAUUUUAAAAAGGCACGCAGGUUGCUAAUGGAGGCGCUUGAUAUGCUGUCUCGUUUCGAGCGAUCGAUGACGACCACACGAAGGGAGGUAACCCUAAUGUCCCAUCUAGCAAUAUCUGAAAUGUGUUUAGAAAACCAUAGCAACUCAGAAAGUACUGUUGACAAGGGGAUGCAGAUUGCCUGUCGCGAGACUCCUUAUCACCCUGCUAUCGCCGUUAUGCUCAACACUAUGGGCCUAAUAUGGGAAAACUCUGGGAGGAGCCAGGUCUAUGCCAUGAGGUAUUACAAGUGGUCCCUGGAGGAGAGGCGGAAACAUUCCUAUUUCAGGGAGGAAAACCUCGUCCCAGCUCUCCUCAAUGUGUCUUUACAACUGAUUCGCACGGGGAAAUUCAGUGCGGCAGUCAAUACUCUCGAGGAGGCAAUUGAAAUUCGGAAACAAUAUGGCUGGGUUAAUCACUUCACGGCGGUGACACUGUAUUACAUCGGGAUAGUCCAAAUGCAAAUAGGCAACUUUUCUCUUGCGCUGGAUUACAACCAACAGGCAUUUAUUAUGCUGGAAAUAUGUACACCUGAGCAUUUUGUUGUCUUCAAGGCUAUUGAUGCCAUAGCACAUUGUCACCUAGCCCUCAAAGACGAGUAUAAUGCAAGAAGAUCAUUCGUGCGCGCAAUAGAUAAGUAUCAGAAAUACGACACAGAUGACAUGACAAGUAAGGUUUGCAUAUUGCGACAUUGCUUGUUGUUGGGUGAUUCGCAUCAGCGACAACAUGCGUUUUCAUGUUUACAAGAAGAAUUUCUGAAAACCUCAGACACGGAAUUGAAUAUCGCACGUCAAAUUUCAGAAAUCAGAGACGUACAUCUGGCUAACGAAGAAGAGAAUUGGAAUGAAAAUGGACGUGUGGUAUUGAGUGAACACUGUUCUCUAUGUCGAAAUAGGUAUCGCGUUUUCCCAUAUUGUGAAAACGACGCCUGGUUGCAAACCAAUCACCCCUUGAUGCAAUCACAAAAACAACCGUCUGAGUCGUGUGACUCUAGUUAUUCGGAGACAGAUUGUGGCACGUCAGAAUCUCAACUAAGAACAAAGUCCGACAAAGAAUCACCAGAAUUGGAAGCAGAUCCCUGCCCAACUCCCAAGGAAUCGUUGGGCUCGGGAAAAUACAGCAUUGCCGAACCAGAAAGUUCCUAGCACAUUGCAAAUGAUGAUUGCAGCCUCAUCCAAGAGAAUGACUGAAGUAUAGACCAUACUUUGGAAUGCAUUUAAUUUACAUUAAUCAUACUUUACUGCAUAAUACAUCCCCUUAUCUGCCGGGUGUUAGUUUAUUACGUAGACUAUGACGAAUGCAGUGUAAGAGCCAUUUAACUUUUUUGAAACUAUUUUGCGGUAUUUCUUUUUUUCACGAAAUGACAAUUGAUAUUGAAUAAUGACAUUAAUUACUCAGACCGGCCGUUACACUGUACAUUCGAUAUUGGAAAACACUUGUAUAUGUUUGGAAAUCUGCGGCGACAUAUUCGGGUCGUAAAGCCUUUUAACUAGGUCAUGCCCGCUCAUGCAUGUACACACAUACAUUACCAGUUAAAGUCAGCUUGUGACAGUACAAUAAGACAAAGAUACCCACACCUCAAAACACUGUAGAUUUAUCCAUUGAUCGAUACACACAGUAUAAACGAUUUUGCCUUGAGGAGUCUAUUUUUCAUAGGAAGAUGAAAAAUAAAGAAAUAAAAUGUUUUGAUUAACGAGACAUCAUACGUGCAUUGUAUAUACUAUGUAUGCAGUUUAUUGUAGAAAGGGAGGUAACUGAUACUUCCCUAUAUUUAGUCAUGAUAUUUAAUAGAAAAUAUCCGGAGUCCAUUUGUAUAUUUCUUCAAUAUUGACCUCCAAUAAACUGAUUGAAUAGUCCAAAAAUGUGGUGUACCCAAUUAUAACGCCUUCACAGAAUAUAUAUCAAUGCCGUUCAUGCCGUUAAUACCGUUCAUACAGUUAGUAAUGGCAACUUCCAUAGCGUUGCUAUAUCACAUUGAUGGUGUCCUCAAUAAUAUCCUGUACACGUUAACUCUGGGAGACAAUAAAUGAGUUUAUGUAGUAAGGUGGAUCGCUGAAACCCUUUACAAAUUCUGAAUGAGGAAAAUCUGUGUUCCUGCAUUAAUUAAUUACCAUAUAAGGCUGGUAUGUACGAAGUCUUAGAUUACGUAUUGUACAAACACAUUCUAAUUUGUAUUAGUCGGAAGACAAGCAAUACCAUUGCAUUAUUCAGGUUUUUCGUCCUUAUGGCACUUGUCAGUGACAUUGCAGACGAAAAGGUUGAAUCCAAAACAACUAAUAUAGUUUUGAAGUGCUCAUGCGUACAUGUAUCGAUAACCUUUUGAUGUAUUUUGAUUUUCAAGACAAACGUUAGAUGAUCAAUAUGUUCAACAAAUACCGGUAUUCAAUCUGGUAUUUAUAUUAUGUUUGAUAUAACUGGCAUUUAAACGAAUUAAACUGUGAUAUACAC